GCACUAUGUAUAUGUACUAAACACCGUACAAAAACAAGCAGCGUUGUUAUUAAACUGACCUUAAAAUAACAUGGAAACAGGAUACCAAUCACAACCAAGAAUUAAUUGGAACUCAGAAACUGAAGUUUGCCUGUUUUAUGCAAUGAGAGGACAAAAACCAAUUGGCAUUAACAAGCAUUUCCAUAUGAUGUGUAUACAUAAAAAGUUUUGUCAAUCAAUUGGUCAAACUGUGUCAAGCGAUCAGUUAUGGCAACAUUUAUCAACUAUGUAUAAUCUUAAAGUUUUGGAUGAAUCGGAGGUGUCUCCAUUUAAAAAUAUACAAAAAGAAUUCAAGCUUCCCCCCUCAAUUAUUAACUAUAAAAAAAAUAAUGGAAAAUCGAUUGAAGAAGUAAAUCAAGAUGAUGAAGGUGUGCCACUUGUUACCCAUAGAAGCAAGACAAAUCGCAAAAGAACGCGACAAACUUUGUCAAAUACUUCAAGCCCAUCCAGUCCAAGUGUUGGUAAAAGAAGAAGAUGAUUGUAAUAUAAAGUAUAGAGGAAAAGGACUUUUGGUAAUUUGCUCCAGUUUAACUUGAACAAAAUGGUCAACUGUUCUAAUGCUAUAAAGUUGGAAGUCAGAAAACCAUUUGCUAAACACGAGUUUUUGUAUUGUACACAAUCAUGAACUCAAUGCAGUUUUGUUAUCAAUUAAAGGAUAGAAUAGUUUGUUUAAGAAAUCUUGGUUAAGUAGGUUUCCCAUUGGUGGCGAUUUAGA